AUGGAUCCCAUUGUUGAUGGCUUAAAUGCAGCUCAACGUGAAGCCGUCACGUCGCCAAAUUCAAUUUUACAAGUACUGGCACCACCAGGCUCCGGCAAGACCAAGACCUUAACAGCACGCGUCGCGUACUUACUCUCCCACCAUGGAUAUCUACCUCAAGAUGUCAUUUGCUGCACGUUCACCAUCAAGGCAAGCCGAGAGAUGCGCGUGCGUCUAGCGGCUUUGAUUGGGAAACAAUUGGAGAGCAGACUUAUCCUAGGGACUUUUCAUUCGAUUUGUCGGCGGUAUCUGGUCAAAUACGGCUAUCUGAUUGGGCUAAGGAAGGGAUUCGGUAUCGCAGAUUCGGACGAUAGUCGGGGUAUUCUUCGUCGAAUUAUCAAACGCCUGAAUUCUGUCAUCGAGGUGAAGGCUGCCCUAGGGCGGAUAUCACGCCAUAAAGCUCAUGGAAUUUCUCCAGAUGCCCUGGCUGAGACAGCCAAGGCUGAAGAAAUGGAACUGGUAGAUAUCUACCGCCAAUAUGAAGCAGCACUCGCAGCAUCGAAUCUCGUGGAUUACGAUGAUCUCUUACUUCGGUGUGGAGAUCUUCUCAGAGCACACCCAGACUGUGUAUCUAACGUUCAGGCUGUCCUGGUGGACGAGUUCCAAGAUACGAACAUCAUCCAGUAUGAGUUGAUGAACCUCUUUGCUUCAAAGAACCGGCGCAUCACAAUCGUUGGUGAUCCCGAUCAGAGUAUAUACGGAUUCCGCUCUGCGGAGAUUCAAAAUCUCAAGCGUAUGCAGCGGCGAUAUACACACACGUCUGUUGUGCUCCUCGAAUCAAAUUAUCGCUCUUCAGCAUCUAUUUUGAAUUCAGCUCAGGAAGUAAUUGAGCAGGAUACCACGCGUCCCGCCAAAAAGUUACAGGCUACUCAUACUUUUGGGACUAUGCCUGUAUUGAGAAAACUCCCCACAGUGACUGCAGAAGCAAACUGGAUGGUCUUGGAAAUCAAGCGCUGCAUUGCAAUGAUGGGUGGUGUCUUGAAAAUGUCCGAUUUCGCAGUGCUACUGAGAUCGACCUCGUUAUCGACACGAAUUGAAACGGCGUUCGGCCGAGCCGGUAUCCCCUACAAAAUGGUUGGCGGGCGAAAAUUCUUUGAUCGUACAGAGGUCAAGACCUUGGUCAACUAUUUGAGGGUGGUCAGCCAUGCUGAAAACACUGAUGCUCUGCUCGCCAUCAUCAAUGUUCCCCCACGACGGGUGGGCGAUGAAACAAUCAGACAGCUGACCAGCGGUGCGGAAAAGGCCAAGAUUCCCCUGUGGGCGUACAUCAAAGAUGUAAUACAAGGGCGCCGGUCUACAGAAAAGAAGUUACAGAAGGCUGCAGAGCAAGGGCUUUGUUCUUUAAUGAAGCUGAUUGAGGCGGCGAAGCUAAAAUUACAAGAGUGCCAGGAUGCCUCAGCGCCACGCAUUCUCCUAGAGUAUGUCACCGACAGUCUCUCGUUCCAAGAAUACCUCAUUAGAACCUAUCCGCUGGAUGAAGAUGGUCGCUGGGCGAACGUCAAGGAACUGAUGGGGCAAGCGAAUGAAAGCGCACUCUCUGGUGAGGAGGCAGACCAAGAGAAUGAUCUGCCCGAGAUUGAAGGCAUCGAGCAGCAAGAGACGCAUGCCGGUGAGGAAUCUCUGUCUCGAUUCCUGGCCAAUGUUGCCCUAGCCACCGAGGCCACAACAAAUGAAGAGGGUGAGCAGAUAACUGAGAAAAUCACAAUCUCCACCAUUCACGCAGCCAAAGGUCUGGAGUGGCCUGUAGUCUUCAUCCCAGCCGUGUACAAUGGAAGCAUCCCUCACUCGCGAGCAGAGGUGGUUGACGAAGAAAGGCGAUUACUGUAUGUUGCGAUGACCCGAGCGCAGGCCUUGUUGUAUCUAAGCCUUCCUCUGCGCCAGCCAAGGAUGGGCGAGGGCGAGGAUUCGUCAACCACCUUGACUCCAUUUCUUCCUUCAAAGCUAAUCAAAACCCGUUUUCGCCCUGUGGGCCCUCAAUUUCACGAAAAUGUUGUCUACUCAAUCUCUGAUAUCUUACGGCGGCCGCGGCCCUCUCCAGAUGACAUGUACAAAUCACUUAGUUCUCUUCCAUCAACCCUCGAUGAUCAAUGGACACCCGAGGGUGAGGAGAAACGCGACCCGGAGUCUGAAUGGAAAAGACCUGACAACCCGUCUGGUGAGCCAUGGCCUAAGCGACGUCGAUCUGAUAAUCAUCAGCCAAUGACGACGACCUAUCUCGCAAGCGGUGCUCUUAGUACGGGCAACACGUCAAACUUCAUAACGCCUACGACAAUCUCCACAGGCUUUACAUCUGCGCGCGAUUUUGUAGCUACAGCAGCAAGCAACCAGCCUACGGUUAUCGAUCUAACCUCCAAUGUAGCUAACGAACCAGCCCAAGCCCCAGCCACAAAGGCGAAAGGCUCCAAUCACAAAGACGGGUUGACGCAGGCUAGCAUUUCCAACUUCUUCAGUGGACCAGGAGCCUCCCAGAAGCGAACGCCCAUGUCAACUAUUGAUCCUGCAAGUCAACUAGUGCGAACCAGCCAUCUAACCCACCCCCCAAGACUACAUUCAGGAGCGCAAGUGGUUUCACCAGCGCUAAUCUCUCACCGUCUUCAACCUCGGCCACUUCGCCCAUCACGACCAAACCUAGAGCCCACCGAGCCAAGCAAUUACUCGUGGAUGGCCGCGCCGUCGCAACCGGCCGUGAAACCCGCCCGUAUGCUACAAGCAAAAGAAAACAGCUCAGAAGCACGGGCCGAGACGGAAGACGUGAAACAUAACAGCUCCACCUAUCUGCCAUCUACGACGUUCCACAAGACCACUAUGUCUAUGGUCCAACAGCAACCGCCGGUGCGUCGGACGUUAGGGAUUCGUCGGAGCAUGAAUGGAUGGCAGGACCGGAUGAAGCGGGAGGGAGAUGGUCCAGCUCGCUGA